AUGUCAUCCCAAAUUUCGAGUAAUAUUUCGGGUCCCAACAAAGCAGUUGCUACAGGCUUACCGCCACGUCAUAAAAUCAUUGUUGCCAUAGAUUAUGGAACUACUUUUUCAGGCAUUAUUUAUGUCCUUAGCACUCAGAAAAAUAGCGAUGAACUUAAAAUUCUGUAUUUGCACGCCGAUCACAAAACCGAAAUGAAGAAGGUCCCAUCCAGGAUUGCAUACGCGAGAGAAAAUCCGAGACUAAAAUCAGACCAAUGGGGCUUUGACGUGGACCCAAAACAGACGUCAUGUUCUUGGACGAAGCUCCUUCUGGACAAGAGUUCUAUCUUUGGCGAGGACGACGAUAUAAUCUCAAAGACAGUCAUCGAUGAAGGAAUGAUGCACUUGCCAUCACAUCGGAACUGCAAUGGUGUCUGUGAGGACUUUCUCCAUGCGUUGUAUGUUGAAUUUGCUGGGUAUGCAGAAAGGACGCUUGGCACAGACGUCUUCAAAAUGUCACCAAUAGACUGCUGGAUUACUUUGCCAGCCAUCUGGUCUGAUGAGGCAAAGCAUGCUACCUUGAACGCUGCCAGGAAGGCUGGAUUUGCAACAAAUCCAAUGGAUCAGGUACACACAAUUGUGGAACCGGAAGCGGCAGCGAUUGCAACUUUGAAAGAGCUUGCUGCACCAGGAACUCUCAAUGCUGUGCAGCGCGGUGAUAAUGUCUUGAUAUGCGAUUGUGGGGGAGGAACUGUCGAUAUUACCACAUACACAGUCACUUCGGUUGCGCCGAAGUUGACUUUUGAAGAACUUUGCAUUGGAACAGGUGGAAAAUGUGGCUCUACCUACAUUGAUCGUCACCUCCACGAUCUCUUAUCUGAUCAUUUCGGCAAUGAUUUCGACAGCAUCCCAUAUUCGAGAAAGGGUCCGGGAAGCGUUCUGAUGAACAAUUGGGAGGUGCUUAAGAAAGGCUUCGGUCGCAACAUGGAGGAAGCUGGCACCGUAGAACUAGGUCCGCUGUACCUCGAUCUACCAAGCUCGCAUCAAUAUGACAGAGAAGAUAAUGUUAUCUUCCUAUCACCUGAAGACAUGAAAUCCGUGUUCGAUCCAAUCGUCGAUCGAGUAAUCAAACUAGUUCGAAAGCAGGUCGACCAAGCAAAGUACCAAAGGAAAGCAAAAAUUCAUCGCAUAGCUCUUGUGGGUGGAAUGGGAGCUUCGAAGUAUCUAUACAGCAAGUUAUUGUUGUGGUGUGUUUCAAAUGGAAACAUCGAGCUUCUAUGCCCUGUGAACCUUGAGCUCGCAGUUUUAAGAGGUGCGGGAAUUCGAGCGCUGGAAGAACUUGCGCCUUGCAUUAAGUAUGUUCGUCGGCAUUACGGUUUCCGAAUCAGCCGUGUCUUCCGGGAAUUUAUCGAUGAGGAAAAGUACUCAUACAUCGAUGACUACUCAAAUCAAAAGUAUUGUGCAGGCCGAGCAAUAUGGUGUGUUUCAAAAGGCGAUGUGAUAGUUGAGAGAUCGUUCCAUUCAGAAGGUUGUUCGUCCCCCUACAACCCUGGAAAGCCUGUAAAGUCCACGAUUGAACUUUAUUCAUGCGAAGGAGAUCAACAGCCUAAUAGGAUGGACGAUCCACGCGCCAAGAGCGUUGGCAGAAUACCUUACAGCUUCCCCGCAGAUUUCAACUUUGGCAUGGACAGCAAUUCCAGAUUCAAUCAGCGCCUUGACAAGAUGGUUCAUGAAUUCCAUUUUCAGAUCCAAGUUAUAUUUCGUGACAGAGGAGCCAAUCUGAAAUUCCGGCUCGCUGUUGGUGGUCGAGUGGUAUCCGACACCACUAUCAAAUUUCCUGAACAUUGA